AUGCUUCGGCUUCUCAUUCUGACAAUCGCGUGCAUUUCGGCAGCAUUCGCUGCCGGCUGCGAGGACGCGGAUCCGAAAUGCGGCGAAUGGGCGGCGAGCGGCGAAUGCGCGACAAACGCCGUCUGGAUGAUGGCCAACUGCCGCAAAUCGUGCCAUUCGUGUCAGGGCGGCGAUCGCGCGUGGAAACUGCGCACACACAUCCAGUCCACCUAUCAUAAUAUGACCGACAACAAGACGCGUGUGGUUCGCAUCGAGAGCGUUCGAAUCAACAAUGUGGAAAUUGACGAGCGCCGUCAAAACGUCAAGGUGUUCGGCCGAUUCGUGCUCAGCUGGAACGACACAAUGGUCUCCUGGGACAAAGAGCAGUGGGGUCUGAGCUGGCUCAACUUCUACUGGAUCCAAAUUUGGACUCCAAACAUUGUCCAGAUCAAUGGCGGAGCUACUUCAAAUCCAGGAUCGGUGACGAGCCGAGUUCUCGCCGCCAACUACACGGGACAGGUCUAUUUAUGGUCGGACUUCUCGUUCACAACGCCAUUCCGAUUCCAAUACGAGGACUAUCCGAACGACGUUCAGCGCGUUUGCUACAAGUUUGACGACAAACGAUUGCUGGCUGUCCAUUUUACCGUCGCUGACGGUGUGAAGAACAAGGAGAGAGAAGCGACAACGGAUCCAUUCGUCUCCGGCUGGAAGAUCGAUGACGUUGACGUUGUGGAGUCGCCAUUCACCAUCGAGCAGCUCUCGGACCCACGCCGCAAUCCGUUCGACGUGCAAGCCGACAACGGCGAACUCUGUUUGUCGCUUCGUCGAAACGCCGUCUACUUCACCAGUGAGAUGCUGCUGCCGGCGCUGAUCACCUCGCUGUUCACUCUGGCCGCGGUGUUCUUCCAGCUAUCCAAAACGCAGCCAAUUCUUCUCGGCUUCUCGGUUGUUGCUCAGAUUCUAUCAUUGAUACUCAUCUCGCAACGCCUUCCAUCAUUCACCGCCCACACGCCGACAAUCUUGAAAUUCGCCGGCUUCAACAUGACGUGGACGGCGAUACUGUUCGUCGUCUCGCUGGUUCUCGAGCGAAUGGCGUCGGCCAGCGUCGAAAUUCCGCCGCCACACGCGGUCGGCCAAUUUGCCUCAGUUGUCAACACGAUUCUUCCAAUCCCAAAGAAUUCGAAGCACGAAGACGCUUCUCUUCAAUACGCCGGCUUCGCCCACGCGCUCAACCACAUAUUCCUCUCUCAGCCAUUAUGUUGCGAUAUAAUGCAAGCCAACAAAUAUCCAGCCAUGUUCAAAUUCAUUCCAUACAUUGAAAGCAUUCCAUACAUUGAAAUCAUUCCAUACACUAUCUCGCGCUUCAUCUACAUCGCCUUAUUCACCUAUGUUCUCAUAAACGGCGAAUUCGUCAAUCUUUGCAGCAGCUUCACGUGGCCCGCUCAAUGCGUCUUUUCCGUGUUGCUCUAUCAGUUUUUAAAUAUCACAUUCCGACGUAUGACACAAGCAUGGUGCGCUGAGCAAAAGUUCGCCCUAGUUAAAUUGUCCCUACUAGGAACUGUUGCCGUCUUCGCACUCUGCAUUCUAUUGCAAAAAGGACUUUGCCUCGCCGAUAAUAAAAAUCAUAGAUUGGAAACUAAGUAUAUCUCGUUAUUCCUGCACGCUCGAGAAUUCUGCCUCUACGCGAUUUUCUUCAUCAACACAUUCUCAUCGAUUCACUGCAUUUACUACGGACCAUUCGCGGUCAUCGUAAAAAUCUUGUUCAAACUGAGGUACGUCGUCUUCAAUUUCAUGCUCGUCCUCUUAUUCAUGUGGUUCCCAGUGGCGGUGAUUCGAGCGAGCCUCACAAGAGAGCAUCGUUCAUCAAACCAAACCAUGCUAUAUACAAUAUACAGAAGUGCCAAAUUCGAGAUAUUCGGCGAAAUUAGUGAUGACGAUUCAGCCGGAAUACUCGACGGCUGCUAUAAUAACGUGACGAUGUCGAAUUUUGAUGACCUCGACUUCGCUCAGACCGGCUGCAUCAUCCGGAAUGUCGCCCUUCCGUUGUUCAUGUUCGCUUACAUGUUCGCCACCGCCAUUAUUCUCAUCAAUCUGCUCACCGCUCAGCUCACGAAGGAUUACGAGAAUGAGAACGCGAAUGUUGAGCAACUUCAGCACUACUAUGAAUAUGGAAAUUUUAUGAUCAAUCAAUCCAAACCCGUCAUCCUUCCAAUAAUUCCGUUCGCCAAUUUACCACCGCUUCUCACCGUCGCCUCAUUCCUAUUUCUGAUCAAGCCGAAUUUUUUGAAAUUCGCAUUACUCAAAUUGUUGGCCCGUCUCGAUUGUGGUGGCGUUUUCGGGAUUUGGACGAGAUUCGUGCGGAGCAAACUCGACAAGGAUUUUCCGAAGCGUAUCGAAAUCGAUCGAGCCGUCCGUCUGAUGCGCGAUUGUCUUCCGGCGACACCCGUGUAUCGUUUGAAUGUUGGCGACGGGCAGCUCGAGCUCAAAAUCGACCAAUUUUACGAAAAACUUAAAAUGGCGUGCACUUCGAUUGUGCAGUUCGACCAACGAAUGAGUGGCGAGCAAACUGAUUCGAUAAAUCAGCUCUUUUUUGAGAUCAUGGAACCAAUCCAGGCUCACGCUCGCAACGGAAUGUAA